AUUUUAGGAGAGCGAUAGAAGGAGGGCGCCAUGGCCAGCCGCUGCUCCGUGGCGGCUACAGCCUUGGUCAUCGCACUAUGUUGGACCAGCGGAGUGUUUACCACCAAACUCUUGCAGCAGAACUGCGGCUACAAGAAGCCGUAUCUGUUGACAUAUCUCCAUGAGCUCGGGGUCACCGCCAUCUCUGUUCCCAUCGCCUGCAGCCGACAGUUCUGGCCGCGCUGCAAGACCAUGGGCCUUCGCGCCAUGGCCUUAGGACUUUUGGCCUUCGGAGCCAACAUUUCCUUUAUGGUGGCCUUGGUCUUAACCACCGCCAGUUCUGCAAUGACCUUAGAGCAGCUGACACCGGUCUUCAUUGCAGGAUUGUCCUUUGCCUUCCUGAAAGAGAGAUACCAGGCAUGCCAGAUCUUUUGGUUAGUCGUGGCCAUCGUCGGCUCCGUUCUAACUGCGCGAAGUGACAUGAAAGCCUGUCAUGGUGGCGCUUGCGAUGGAUCUAUGCCACUGCUGGGUGACUUUCUGGUGGUCAUCACGUGCCUUACAGCGGCGCUGUACAUGGUGUGUUUCAAGAUGAUCUUUGCAAAACAAUGCGGCACCAGCUUCCAGAUGCUAUUCACAUAUUUCGUGAUGAAAGGCAUGUCCGUUGCAGUUGUGGGUGGCAUCGCCCUGCUUUUUCUUCCAGAUUGGAACCGUGGAUUGCCCAGUGAUUCGUGCGGCUGGACAUAUUUGGGCAUCAACAUGAUUGCCAAUAUGUCCUUCAACGUCUCACUGGCCUGGGGGUUAUUGGUGGUGUCUCCCUUGGCAUGUCGUCUAUUCGUCCUUUUGGGCCUCCCGGCGUCCCUGCUUUUAGACUCUCUCUUGGGCACGUCCAUAGCAGUACAACGGAUCCUGGGGGUUGCGCUGGUGAGCUGCGGUGUGGCGGGCUUCGAGAUUUUCGGGCCCAAGGAGGAGAGCGAAGGCAUCUCUGAGACCACAGAGAUCACUACAGAUGAGGAGCUCAGCACCUUGAGCCAGGUGUCAACUGGCAGCUCUCAGAAGCAGACACGUGGCAGCUCUUUGUUGUUUAGUCUUUUGGCACUGGGAAUUUGUGCAGCUGGCUUUGCAGUGUCGGGGAUCCCCGCGGCUGGAUAGAUUGGAGGUGAAGGAAAAUGCGUUUCACCCACAUCGGCAGAUCGACAGGGUCCAGCUGGGCUGUGGCGACUUCGAUACAGACACGAAAGAACGUGCGAGUGUUGUCAAAA